CAGCCCGCACCGCCCCCCGCCCGGCCCCGCAACCCGGGGAGGCUCCGCCCGCACCGCCGCCUGCGCCUGCGCCGGGUCCGGACGGUGUGUUGGGCCCGGUAGGAUGGAACGGUUCGGUGGUUCUGGGUACGAAGUGGCGACGGCGGAGCUGUCCCGGCAGCAGGAGCGGCACUACCGGCUGCUGUCAGAGCUGCAGGAGCUGGUGAAAGCGCUGCCCAGCUCCUGCCAGCAGCGCUUGUCCUACACGACGCUGAGCGACCUGGCGCUGGCGCUGCUGGAUGGGACGGUGUUUGAGAUCGUGCAGGGGCUGCUGGAGAUCCAGCACCUCACUGAGAAGAACCUCUACAGCCAGCGCCUCAAGCUGCAUAGCGAACACCGCGGGCUGAAGCAGGAGCUCUUCCACCGGCACAAGGAGGCCCAGCAGUGCUGCAGGCCGCACAACCUGCCGCUGCUCCGCGCCGCCCAGCAGCGGGAGAUGGAGGCUGUGGAGCAACGAAUUCGAGAGGAGCAGCGAAUGAUGGAUGAGAAAAUCGUCUUGGAACUGGACCAAAAAGUGAUCGACCAGCAGAGCACCCUGGAGAAGGCUGGGGUGUCUGGCUUCUACAUCACCACCAACCCCCAGGAGCUGACUUUACAGAUGAACUUACUGGAAUUGAUUCGGAAGUUGCAGCAGAAGGAAUCUGAGUCGGAGAAGGCUUUUCCCUGAACAGGAAGGAGUUUUCUUCUGACUUCCCUCUAAAGAAUAGACUUAAUGCAUUUGCUUUAUGUUAUUUUAGAAAGAGGCUACUGGCCUGCAACUGCAGAAUAUCUGUAACCCUUAGGUUACCUUUAGAGAUAGACCUCCAGAGCAGAGGGGAUAGCUGAAGAGCUCCAGGCUGCCCUUCUACCCAGUGAAGCAAGAAGCAAGUUGCCCUUCCUGCUGUGUUGCACUGAGUUGCUAAGACAAGGGCUGACAGAGUAUUAAUCUGCCACAUCCAGCCUGCAGUGAGCAGUGUCAUCUCUAAAUUAUGAUCUGCUCUUCCAAAAGCGAGGAAGGGAUGGGAGAGGUGAGUAACUGUCCUAACAGACAGGGAAGCAAAGUGUGGUUGCUUUCCUUUGCAGCCUCAGUGUGCAGAUGGUUGGCAGGUGGGGAAAAAAAGAAAGUUGAAGUUGUAUCUACAGCAAGAUGUGUUUGUGUGUGCUGAGGCAGAAAUAACAGGCAGACACUUCACAGAGAGACAUUGAGGUGGAUAACGUGGAAUUCUCCUCUGAGUUCUAUUAAAAUUCUGUACUGAACUAU